ACCUGCAAAUUUGUAGUAGAUCGUGACCAGGGCGAGUGUUUUUCUCAAAACAUGUUAUGUUCAUUUGCACGUUCAGCAAACCUUAACUCGCCAUAGACCGUGUCCGACGACUCGAGUUUCUUUCAGAGUUUUUCGCUGUGAACUGUCAACACCUACAUUACGGUCGGCGAUGGCUGGACCUCCGAUGAUCGAAGGAUCUUUGAAGAACACAAUUCACGCACUCGCAUUUGGUCUUAUUUGCGCCACAUUAGCUGUAAACUUUGGAAAAUAUUUCGUCCCUCAUUUUUUCCCGUACAUGGUGGGGAUCAUUAUCUUGAUCGAGGCAGUUUUGUUCGCGCUGGAUAGACCGAAAGACAACUAUGAGAAAUUCCAAGUUCAUGGAAUAAGAGGAACCCACACAAUUGAAGGAUCUCCUCAGAUAACAGUGUCCGGGCCAAGUGAAGAUCCUGAAGCUACACCCACUAGGAAGGGGAAGAUGAAAGACAAGUUGAAGAAGGGAAGGCGAGAGAGUGGUGUUCCUGGAUCGCCAAGGCAAAGCCUUGUUCCUCCUCCGAGUCUUGGACAAGAAGCAAUGGAAGGAAAAGAGACGGGGAAGGAUAAAGUCAAAGAAAAGUCUGACAAGGAGAAGAAGAAGGAAGAAGAAAAAGAAAAGAAGAAAGAGAAGGAAGAGGAAAAGGAAAGAAUCAAAGCUGAAAAGAAAGAGGAGAAGGAGAAAGGUACAGAUGGCGAUGAAGAAAAAGGAAGCUCUUGGAGAAAAAGGCGUGCAAAGACUAAUAAACAGAACACGGUGUAAUUACCCAUGCAAGAACGAUCAUGAAAUGACAAAGUAGCUUCCAUUAGCUUGUCAACAGGUGCACUGAGCUUAAUAACGGACAUUUCACAUAGCCUUGCACUGAGUACUUCCCUAAUAACAGGAUAGCAAUGUAGCAACGAGCAGAUCGAGUACCAUUGUCAAAAAAAGUCUUAGUACGAUUUUUAUG